AUGGAGACAGACUCGCCGGCGAGUACCGGCACCCCGCUGCCCCGCGCGCUGGGAGAGGCGGGCGCGCUGGGUAGCCUGCUGCGCAGGAUAAAAGGCAAACUCUUCACCUGGAAUAUUUUGAAAACCAUUGCUCUGGGCCAGAUGUUGUCCUUGUGUAUAUGUGGGACAGCCAUCACCAGCCAGUAUUUGACAGAAAAGUACCAAGUGAACACCCCCAUGCUUCAGAGCUUUAUCAACUAUUGCUUACUGUUCCUAAUUUAUACAAUGAUGCUGGCAUUUCAGUCAGGCAGUGAUAACCUUUUAGACAUCUUGAAAAGGAAAUGGUGGAAGUACAUUCUGCUGGGACUGGCAGAUGUGGAAGCGAAUUACACGAUCGUCAGAGCAUACCAAUACACCACUCUGACCAGUGUCCAGCUUUUGGAUUGCUUUGGGAUUCCUGUGUUGAUGGCUCUCUCGUGGUUUGUUCUUCGUGCAAGAUACAGAGUGAUCCACUUCAUUGCUGUGUUUGUCUGUCUGUUGGGGGUAGGAACCAUGGUUGGUGCAGACAUCUUAGCUGGGAGGGACGACAACUCAGGGAGUGACGUGCUGAUUGGUGACCUCUUGGUCCUGCUCGGAGCUUCCCUCUAUGCCRUUUCUAAUGUGUGUGAAGAAUACAUUGUGAAGAAGCUGAGCAGACAGGAAUUUUUAGGAAUGGUGGGCUUAUUUGGAACAAUUAUCAGUGGCAUACAGCUAUUGAUUGUGGAAUAUAGGGAUAUUGCCAGCAUUCACUGGGACUGGAAAAUUGCCCUGCUGUUUGUGGCAUUUGCUCUCUGUAUGUUUUGCCUAUACAGCUUCAUGCCAUUGGUGAUUAAAGUCACUAGUGCCACCUCUGUCAACUUGGGCAUCCUGACAGCUGAUCUCUACAGCCUUUUCUUUGGACUCUUUCUGUUUGGUUAUAAGUUUUCAGGACUCUACAUCCUGUCCUUUACUGUCAUCAUGGUGGGGUUUAUCCUGUACUGCUCCACCCCGACGCGCACAGCAGAGCCAGCGGAGAGCAAUGUGCCCCCAGUCACCAGCAUUGGAAUUGACAACCUUGGACUGAAGCUUGAGGAGAGUGGUCUCCCAGAGACCCAAUCUGCGGUCUUGUAG